GGCUUGAUUUUUCCCACAGACAUUUACUUCCUUCGACACGUGCGCACGUGCACCAACGAACUGUGGCUGAGAACAACUCCUUUACCGUCAGUGACAGUGUCACUACUCCAUCAUAUCCUGCCCUUGUUCUCCAAGUACGAAGUAGGCUAGUACUUGGUAUGGGGCUAUGAAAAAAGGACGCCCAAUUUUCUUUUGCCAGAUUUGGUUUCAGGUACAGUACCAUGGAUGCCACAUCAGGAAUUAGCACUCCAGAAUCACCUGCUAGUCCAGAGGGAGGGAGGUUAGUAGAUGACAGUGCCAUGCCAAGGUUUGAGUGUCCGCCAGAUUUCAGACGAGUCAGGAUAUCGACGGAGGAUGAACCUCUCUAUCUGGAGGACCUACAAGAAGCCAAGGAGCUGUGGUUCAUCAAGACGCCUCAAAAUUUUGAUGUUAAGAGCUUGAACUCCAAGACUGUGCCAUUGAAUGGGAGGCAGGUUCUGGACGAAGUAGAGGAGACGUACACAUCGUACGAGCUACUUGUGUCCCAGAAUGCACCCUUGGACAAACAUAGCUUACCACGUCUUCUACUUCCAUCCAAAAGCCAGGCAGAUCUUGUGCCAGGCCCAGCCUUUGGUGGCCAGUUGUCCGUUAUAGAGACUGUGGAUGUUCCACCAGUUGUACUCCCUCCCUCACCACCUCCAAGAACAAAUGAGCUGCCGCCUGGUCUCAAACAGAGGUUUCAUCCAUUUGGUUGGGAGGAGCCGAAGAUACCAAUGAUCAGAAGGGAAGAGUCGGCCAACUUGACAGACACUAACACCACCCAGAGGGGACAGAAGAAGUCACACAAGGACAAGGGACACAAAGACCCAGGGAGCAGAACGGCGACCAGACCUGGUGCUGCAGUGGGAGGGGACGAGAGGCUGGCUGGGGGCGGGGAUGAUGGAAGCGCAGGGGAUGAGGCUCAGGAUGACUUGGUGACCACAAAGGCCCACCGCAAGAGCAAGAAGAGGAAACAGCAAGAUCCUGAGCAGGAUAAUGCCGCUGCAAACCAAAGUCCAGCAAAUCCUGAAGAAACCCCACCAAAGAAAAAGAAGAAAAAGAAACUCAAGAAGUGAGGGCUCCCUGUAGAAAGAGCAAGCGAUCAAUUACAAAUGGGGGGAUUUGAUGAGAAGGCUCUCAUUCAGUUUUGUUGCCUCUUUUGUUACAAAAUCAAAGUCAGUCUAUGCUUUUAAGAGGAAGGAUCGCCACAAUCCAAAUGCACAUUAACACAAGGAUGUGCUGUCGAAAAUCAACACGCCAUGGCUCUACAAUUUAAAAUGGAUUCUUGCCAAGGGUAGGAAAGAGAGGAAGGUAUAACGAUACGGGCGAUUCACAGUUUUCAACUCUUUGGCCAAUCACAACAUGUGAAAUCUGUCAACCCUUGUUAACUGCGCAUUGGGUCAACUGAUUUCACGCAUCGUGAUUGGCCAGUGCGCUGCGAAUUCUUGGAGGCGCACUGUUGUGAACUGCCUGUAUUGGACUUAUUGAUUUUCAAACAGUGCUGGGAAUUUUGGUCGGGGUUUUUCCUUUUGCGAUCUUCAGCUAUUAAAACAACCACUCCAUGAAACAUCUAGUGAUUUUACUCAGUUCUGUUUUAUUAAAACACGUAAUCAUUUUUCUUGCAGACUGUCAUAUACAUAUUGUACUCUCAGAGCACUUGAAAUGUGACCACUUUCGUCAAACUCGGGCACAACCCGAAAAUGGGCGUUACGGGACAUUUUUUUCAAACAUACAUAUUUGAGUUGGCUACACUGUAAUUUGGUGUAGGUUUGAACCCUGUGGCAUUUUGCAAUCUGGAGAUAUAUUGAUUUUUGCGUAAUCAUAUUAUACACAUUAACAGAAAUGCUUUCAGAGAUAAAGCCCUUUAAACACAGGAGGUAGAAAAAGAAAUCAGCCACGAAGAAAGUCCCUUAAAACCCAUUGCAACAGUUAGGUUUCUUGUAUGAAUUGUGAAAGUAUUGAUCUAAUAGAAGUCAAUAAACCAAGAAGUAAAAAA